GCCUUAGACCCCCGACCAGGUCCCUCCCCUCCUCUCCUCCCCUCCCGUCCCCCUCCCCCCUCUCCCCACCCGGCCAGGAGCCGCCAUGAAGCGGCAGAACGCCCGAACUUUGGCCCUGAUCGUCAGCAUCCUGACCUACCUGGUGGUGGGGGCGGCCGUCUUCCAGACGCUGGAGUCCAAGGAGGAGAGGAGCCACAAGAGGCGGCUGGAGGGACGGCGGCACGAGCUGAUGCGCAAGUACAACCUGAGCAGGGUCCACUUUGAGGAGCUGGAGCACGUGGUCCUGCACCUGAAAGCCCACAAGGCCGGGGUCCAGUGGAGGUUUGCCGGCUCCUUCUACUUUGCCAUCACUGUGAUCACCACCAUAGGUUACGGCCACGCCGCCCCCAGCACCGACUCAGGGAAAGUCUUCUGCAUGUUCUACGCCCUCCUGGGCAUCCCGCUCACCUUGGUCAUGUUCCAGAGUCUGGGCGAGCGCAUCAACACGCUGGUCCGCUACCUGCUGCACCAAGCCAAGAAGUGCCUGGCCAUGCGUCACACCGAGGUCUCCAUGGCCAACAUGGUCACGGUGGGCUUCUUCUCCUGCCUGAGCACGCUGUGCGUGGGGGCGCUGGCCUUCUCCCACAGCGAGGGCUGGAGCUUCCUGCACGCCUUCUACUACUGCUUCAUCACGCUCACCACCAUCGGCUUCGGCGACUACGUGGCCCUGCAGAGGGACAACGCUUUGCAGAACGACCCCCGCUACGUGGCCUUCUGCUUCAUCUACAUCCUGACCGGCCUGACGGUGAUCGGCGCCUUCCUCAAUUUGGUGGUGCUUCGCUUCCUGACCAUGAAUGCCGAGGAUGAGAGGAGGGACGCCCGGCACAGGGCGCUGCAGAGCCGCGCCGCCAAGCCCAGGGGGGAGGUGGCCUGCCUGGUGCCGAUCUCGUCGACGCCCUCCACGCCCGGGACCAACGCGGCGCCCAAGACCAAAGACGGCGUCUACACAGAGGUGCUGCACUUCCAGACCUUCUGCUCGUGCUUGUGGUACCGCAGCAAGGACAAGCUGCAAGGCUCCGCCUCCAUCCCCCAGGAGCUGGCCUUCUCCGAUGUCUACUUGCCACAGGACGGCCCCCGCAACACCGAGACCACGUCCACGGGAUGCGUGUGUACUCCGCGGCGGCGCUCUGGCAAGAGGUCCAUUGGGAGGGGCCUCAACAUUCUCGCUCCGCUCCGAAUGUUCAUGAGACGCAGCUCAGUGUAGCCUACGGACAUGUCAGACUUGUUCAAAGAAUUCCCACUUUGUGGUGCUAAAAAAGCAAAACAUCCUAGUGAUGGACCUUCAACUUGUUUAACUACAGGUUUUCGUCAGGGGUGGAGACUGGCCGAAUCUCGGUCGGUCUCAAGAGUCUGGCAAAUGUUAGGGUUUUGUUUUGCAAGCAAACCUCCCUGCUUCAAGGCAGGAUGCUGCUUUGUUCUCUGAUUGGCUGCAGUAAAACAAGGACUGUCUUUAUUCCAGUACUGUAGCAGUAAAUACAUAGAAAUACUUCGAAUGCCAGGGUACACAUGUUUGUGAAGUCCAUC